UAGUAUGGAUUUUAUUAUCAGUGCUUCCGGCAGGGUGACGCAGGGCAAAGUCCAAAGUUGAAAGGCAGCUGCACAGCGCUCAGGAGAUCAACGCUUUUACCAGCAUUGACAUGUCUGAAGUGAGCAACCAGAUGCCUGCAGACCCAAUCUCUGCAGUUGGAGUAAUCACUACACCCAUCAAGGCCCCUGAUGGCUACUAUGUUGUUGCACAAACAACAGAUGGCUGUGAUGCCGACCUGUGGAAGGACGGCUUAUUCAAAUCCAAGGUCACUCGCUACCUCUGUUUCACCAGAAAAACUGAGCCUGACGUUGUUGUGGACAUGAAGCUGAUUGACAUUAAGGACGCGUUGCCCGAGGGCUUCACACCUGUGGGAGAAACAUGGGACACAAAGGAAACUGCCAUGAGGAAGAAGAGGCUCUGUGUGAAAAUCAGCCCUCGUGCGGCUGCUGUGACGGCGGUUUAUGACAUCCAGAUCACAACGAAGUCCAAGUACCAUCUUGUUAACUACACCUGCAUAGGUGAGAUAAACAGUAUGGGGCUAUGGUACCGAAUGGGAGAUGUUUCUCAGCAUCAGUCAUCCCAGGAAACGUCCAGUACAGCUAACAAUGACCCUCCACCCAAAACAGCGAGGGUGAGGACCACGAUCAGGCCGGACUAUGAGCACCAGAGUAGUGGGAACUACACCAUGACAGCUCUUGACGAUGUGUCCUUUGUGAUCUCUGAGAAGUUUUGUGGAAAUCCCAAAGAGAUACAGCAAGUCAAUUUAAUGGGCAUUACGAUCAAAUCCCUGGCAGAGAUCGAGGAGGAAGUGAGUAGAGGCUGCAACGCUCGGCUGACGCUGACGCCGCUGGCCCAGAAUGCAAAGCAAACGGUCUUGGGGUUGUAAUUAAGUGUCUGAGACAGGGAGGCCUUGUUGGCUCCACUAAGCCCCAAUUGAAUAAAAGCAUGGCCAGGCUAGGCAGCCAUUCUCUCUUAAAAGCUUUGUCUCCUGUUCCGAAACACUUGACUUUUAUUCCUCAUUUCUUCUCUCAAACAGCUCAAUCCAGCACCUUGCACAGUGAUGUAAAUCUCUGAGAGACGUUUUUCUUCAUGUUUUACUGUUUUUUAAAGUUUCCAAUCAGUUUCAUCUUCAGUAGGCAAAAAAAGUUAGAGAUCAUGCAGCAAAGCAAAUAAAAGUGCUACAAAGUUCUCACUCAUUUGUGAUGAAACACUGUAGCCUGCAGGCAUUCAUAGGAAGAAAAUCAUCUGUGUGCAGCCCGGGUGUUUGUGAGAGCAGGAGAAAGAAAGAGUUGGUUUGUGCGUGCGUGCGUGCGUGCGUGCAUGUGCUUUAAAGGGAGUGACAACCCCCCUUCUCUCUCAUUAGCACGGUAUCUUGGUAUCAGAACUGCCAGGAAGUGACAUACCACUGUAAAAGAACAGGUGCUGUUGGGUUUGAGAUGUGUUACAGAGCAAACACUCCCUCAUCAAACCGGGUGUCUGUUCUGCACUCUGCCUCUGUCUUCUGUCACAUACUAUCCAAAUCACACAGAGUCGCCAUCUUGUCACAUGGUCAUCUAAAUGAAGCUCAUUGUCAGCAAAGGUACUAAUGGCGUGUAACCUACAUGUCUGUGUGUGUGCGUGUGUGUGUGUGUGUGUGUGUGUGUGUGUGUGUGUUUUCCAGGUUGAAGACAGGCUGGCUGCUCAUCCUAUAUGCUUUUGUCUUUUUUUCUUUUUUUUUACCCCCUUCUUCGUCUCCUCUACUCUCCUCUCCUCCUUCCUCUCUGCUCUGAGAGUGUGAUUAGCAGGAGGACACAUGGCGAGCUGAGCUGGGGAAGGGAAGGGGCAUGAGAAAUCAUUAAUUACAGCCGCGCUGGAGCUGAUGAAGUAAAUGUUAGAUAGUGUAACACACAGGAUUUAGUGAAGUGGACGACAGCACAAGAUUAAUGGUGGGGCCAGGCUGAUGAGGAUGAAGUCACAGCUUAGCUUGAUAAUUAGUUUCCAAGUGGAAACAUCCCUCACCAUUGUGUUAUUUUUAUUUCUCUCCUCUUAUUAUUAUCACACACUGAUAUCUGCAAAACAUGAGAGGGGGGUAAAUAUAGUCAGUGGUGUUUUCGCAAACAUGCUGGGCAGCAGAGGUGUUUUGUUGUAGGAAGUGAUGUGAUUAUUGUAUUUUUUCUUUGUCUUGGUAUUUUUGCUUGAGUUACUCUGUCAGUUUUACAGUCUAAAUGCAAUGUCCAAUAAGUUCUCUGUAUUAAAGGUUUCUGCAGAAGAGUCAAUUCAUUCUUGAUGAUGCAGAACAAAAAUCCCAGUAUUUAGUUUCAGAAAAAGCUAUUUUUGUGUAUGAAACUGUACCUGAGAUUUUAAACUAUUGUUGAGAGUUGUCUUCUUGUUUUGUCCAGAAGAGGUCACUGUCCGUGCUGUUGCUGUAGAGAUUCUCCCCCCCUCCCCUUUUCUGGAAACUGGAGGCGCUUUCAGCACAGAACCUAAUUGCCUCUUUCUAAACCCAUUAAAAAAUAUACAUUCAUGGAAGAGAUGUACUUUCAAGAAUUAUACAUAUGCACAUGUAAUUGAGGAAAACUCUUGUAAUCACAGCCACAGUUGUAGAUAAGACCAUUUCCUAACAGGCAUCACUUAAGCCAUGUCUCGGAUGAUGUUGGUUCCAGCAAUUAGGCAUUCUUUUCAUUUCCCAAAUGACUCACAAAACUUGCGGAUAUUAUAAUUGCUUUUAGCCACGCAUAUCUAAUUUGUGUCUUUUUAAGUGUUAAUUAGUACGCGAUUUAAAGUGACAUCUUUAUGUAGUUUGCUCUGCUGAAAAAUGUUGUUGGCGGCUGGCUAAUGAUUUUUCAGAGGGAGUACGCCGGUGGAAAAGAAGUGUAUGCACACACGACAAGAUUUUCAUUAGCACCUAUGUAUGAUGGGCUUUCAGAAUUUGAAGGGAGUUAUCUGUGUGUUUGUGUGUGAGUGUGUUGGUGU